CUGCCAUUUUGAAAAGUGACGUCAAAAUAAUCUCCAAAUCUCUUAUUUUGAUGAAGUUUUAUUCCAAGAUGGAGUAUUUGAUACAAAAAUAAUACAAAAAAAUAUAUGAAAACUAUAUAUAAGCCUUAAAAUUCAAAAUAUAACAUCGAUGAAGAGAAUGUCUAUAUGUAUUGAUAAGUUCAGUUUGGUUUGAGACUCUGAUCUACAUUUUGAAAACUGCAAAAUGAGUUUGGAAAGUUUAGUUGUCAAAUUAUACGAAAUAGAAGCCGUUAAAUUCGGCAAUUUCACUUUGAAGAGUGGGAUACAAUCUCCAGUUUACUUUGAUCUUAGAGUUAUUGUGUCUUAUCCUGAUGUGAUGGUAGAAGUCUCUGAACACCUAUGGAAGGCUGUUGAAGCAUCUAAGACUGAGUUUGCAUCAGUGUGUGGUGUUCCUUACACUGCUCUACCUAUUGCAACAUGUAUGUCAACAGCGCACAACGUCCCAAUGUUGAUACGACGUAAGGAGAUGAAGGAUUAUGGGACAAAGAAGAUGAUUGAAGGCCACUUUAAGAAAGGUGACGUGUGCCUUAUUGUUGAAGAUGUGGUUACCAGUGGGACCAGUGUGUCUGAAACAGUUCAGACUCUUAAUAAUGAAGGGAUCAAAGUGAAAGAUGCAGUGGUGCUACUCAACAGGGAACAAGGAGGGGAACAAAGAUUAGCAAGUGAAGGAGUCACACUACAUAGUGUGUGUAAGAUAUCACAAGUGUUAGAUAUACUGGAGAAAGCUAAGAAAUUAGACAGAGAUACGGUGCAGAGAGUUCAAGAUUUCAUUGCUUCUAACAACACAUUUGGAAAUAACAUAAAACGUCCGGCUGAUGGAAUGGGUGAUGCUCAGCAAAAGAAAGUGAAAAAGGUGCUAACUUAUCCAGAAAGGCAGUCACAAUGCAAGCAUGAGGUAUUGAAGAGAUUAUAUGGCAUAAUGGAAGAGAAGAAAACCAAUCUAUGUUUCUCAGGGGACACUACAUCAUUCGCAGAACUUUUAGAGGUGGUUGAGAAAGUUGGUCCAUAUAUUUGUAUACUAAAGACACAUAUAGACAUCAUAACUGACUUUACUGCGGAGAAUAUCCAUAAACUCAAGAAUCUUGCUUCUAAACAUAAUUUCUUACUCUUUGAGGAUAGGAAGUUUGCAGACAUUGGAAAUACAGUGAAAAAGCAAUACUCAGAAGGCAUUUACAAAAUCUCAGAAUGGUCUGAUAUCAUAAAUGCUCACAUCAUUCCUGGGCCUGGGAUCAUUGAAGGGUUAAAAUCGGCUGCAGGAGAGAAAGGGUUAACUGGAAAGAGGGCGCUUUUGUUGAUAGCAGAAAUGAGCUCAAAGGGAAAUGUUGCAACAGGAGAAUAUACAAAAGCCUGUGUAAAGAUGGCAGAAGAGAACCAAGACUUUGUCGUGGGCUAUAUCUGCCAGUCCCAGUUGUCUAAGGACCCCAACUUCAUACAUAUGACUCCAGGUGUAAAGUUGGUGGAAGGGACAGACAGCCUUGGGCAGCAGUACCUUACUCCUAAAGAGGUUAUCACAAAGCGAAACUCUGAUAUCAUCAUUGUCGGUCGAGGUAUCAUGAACUCUGAUGACCCUGCAACCACUGCUGCCACCUAUCAGCAAGCAGGGUAUGACGCUUACUUGGAACAAUGCUCUUAG